CGGCACUGUUUUUGUCCGGGAAGGAGCUGAGUUGGUUCUUUAUCCUAUGGAGUAGCUGUUUGUUGCGUAGUGUCGAGAGGCCUAUGGUUAAGCAUCUGCAACGCUAACUAUUUCGCACCGCGAAGUUCUGCUGUCGUGCCAACUUGGACGUUUUCCGCAACUUGCGGUACGCGUUUCCACCUUCUUUUCGUUUCAAGACAAGGAAGCCAUGACAACCCGGGUGUUUAUCGGGCACCUCAGCUAUCAGGUCCGCGAGAAAGACGUGGACCGCUUCUUCAAAGGCUACGGGCGCGUCGGCGACAUACACCUGAAGAACGGCUUUGGGUUUGUGGAGUUUGAGGACCACAGGGAUGCAGACGAUGCCAUCAAGGACCUCAAUGGCAAGGAGCUGCUUGGAGAAAGGGUUUCCGUGGAGCUGGCUCACGGAAGUCGCCGUGGACCUGGGGGCAGGAUCCUUGCACCAGGUUCACGGGACUGGAGGUCGCCACCAGGAGGAGGUGGAGGAGGCGGAGGAGGGCGAUACCAGGGUGGAGCCAGAGACAGCAGUAGGUUUGGGCCUCCGGUGAGGACAAACUACCAGCUGGUCGUCGAGAACCUGAGCAGUCACGUCAGCUGGCAGGACUUGAAGGACUACAUGCGCCAGGCGGGCGAGGUGACCUUCACGGAUGCACACAGCAACCGGCCUAACGAAGGGCUUGUCGAGUUCUCCAACUAUGCGGAUAUGAGGAAUGCCCUGUCGAAGCUGGACAACACGGACCUGAGUGGGCGCCGGAUCAAGCUCUACGAGUCGAAGAAGAGCCGAGCAUCGAACCGGUCCCGUUCAAGGUCCCGCUCCAGGUCUCGGUCCCGGUCCCGCCGCUCGACGUCGGACUCGCGUUCUCGCUCCAGGUCCCGCUCCAGGUCUCCUCGCUCCCGGUCGGCAUCCAAGUCUCCGGUACGCAGGAAGAGCCACUCUGACAGUCCACGCAACCGCUCCCGUUCCAGGAGCAGGAGCGCGUCGCCGCAGCGCCGUUCAUCUUCCAAGUCGCCCCCUUCCAAGCGGCAGAGCCCCGACGACUGAGCAGGGGCUUCGAGUUUCCCUUCCCCUCGGCUUGAAGCAAUGAAGCCAUGCUUCCUGCUUGGCAGGCUGCUUCUUUGAUUUUUAUACUUGCCAGGCUCUUGUGUCUUCACCAUGAUUUCUCUUGUGCCACCCCAUUUGAUGCCUGUGGAAGUUGCUACCAAUUUUUGUUGUCUGCUCCGAGAGAGGGGAAGUGGGAAAUAUCGUGACAUUCAAUGUUGUGCACAAUGUGGAAACCAUUUUUUUUACCCCCUCCCCUUUUUUCACAAGGUUUAUCUUGCCAUCAGUGCUAGCAUGAAGGGCUGCAAUGUCUGUCCUGCAUGAGAAAUCGCAGCUUCAUUUGUUUUGAUAAUUAUUUUUUUAUUGCAAGUUUAAAAGAUUGUGUGGAGGUUUACUCCGAAUGAAACUGUAGCCAUCUAUCUGUUCGACCUUUUCUUUCUAGGUUGAGGUAGCAGGUUUUGCGAACAAAGGGAGUAGGUUACUCAGAUUCCCACUUAUAAUCGUGCUCUACCCAGUUCAUGGUUCAGUUAUGUUCAGAGGGAAGGAGAAAUUCGCACAUGAAGCAGCCAUACCGUGUUCCAGUAUUUUUCUCAUUAGGGAGUUUUUGUUUGUGAGAUUGAAAGUAAUUGUUCCUUUUUUUUAAUGUUGGAUUGCUAAAGCCUUUUAGAAAAGUGAGGUCUCUAGUAUCCUUUUGUAAAGACAUCAUUUGGUGAACCAUGCAAUAGGCUACUUUCUUUGUAAAAGAUUGUGUUUGCACCUGUGUAAUAAAAAAUUUCCCAUCAAA